AUGGUGAGCAGUGUGUUGUGCCGCUGCGUGGCUUCCCCGCCGCCAGACCCCGCCGCCUCCGCCUCGUCGUCCGCCUCAUCGCCGGCGUCCGUGGACCCGUGCGGCGGCGCCGUCUGCGGGGGGCCGGACCACCGGCUGCGCCUCUGGAGCCUUUUCCAGACUCUUGACGUCAACCGCGACGGCGGGCUGUGUGUCAACGACCUGGCCGUGGGCCUUCGGCGCCUGGGACUACACCGCACUGAGGGCGAGCUCCGGAAAAUCGUACAAGCUGGCGACAAAGACCUCGAUGGGCAGCUAGACUUCGAAGAGUUCGUCCACUAUCUCCAAGAUCACGAGAAGAAACUGAGGCUGGUGUUCAAGAGUUUGGACAAAAAGAAUGAUGGGAGGAUCGAUGCCCAGGAGAUCAUGCAGUCCCUGCGGGACCUGGGGGUCAAGAUAUCUGAGCAGCAGGCAGAAAAAAUCCUCAAGAGAAUACGAACGGGCCACUUCUGGGGCCCUGUCACCUACAUGGACAAAAACGGCACGAUGACCAUCGACUGGAACGAGUGGCGAGACUACCACCUCCUGCACCCCGUGGAGAACAUCCCUGAGAUCAUCCUAUACUGGAAGCACUCCACGAUCUUUGAUGUGGGUGAGAAUCUGACAGUCCCCGAUGAGUUCACGGUGGAGGAGAGGCAGACGGGGAUGUGGUGGAGGCACCUGGUGGCCGGCGGUGGGGCGGGGGCCGUAUCGAGAACCUGCACGGCCCCCCUGGACAGACUCAAGGUGCUCAUGCAGGUCCACGCCUCCCGCAGCAACAACAUGUGCAUCGUGGGUGGGUUCACCCAGAUGAUUCGAGAAGGAGGAGCCCGAUCACUCUGGCGGGGCAACGGCAUCAACGUCCUCAAAAUCGCCCCCGAGUCAGCCAUCAAAUUCAUGGCCUAUGAGCAGAUCAAACGUCUCAUUGGGAGUGACCAGGAGACUCUGAGGAUUCACGAGAGGCUUGUGGCAGGGUCCUUGGCAGGGGCCAUCGCCCAGAGUAGUAUCUACCCGAUGGAGGUCCUGAAGACUCGGAUGGCCCUGCGCAAGACAGGCCAGUACUCGGGCAUGCUGGACUGUGCCAGGAAGAUCCUGGCCCGAGAGGGCAUGGCCGCCUUCUACAAAGGCUACAUCCCCAACAUGCUGGGCAUCAUCCCUUACGCUGGCAUAGACCUCGCCGUCUAUGAGACGCUCAAGAAUGCCUGGCUGCAGCGCUGUGCAGUGAACAGUGCAGACCCUGGUGUGUUUGUGCUCCUGGCCUGUGGCACCAUGUCCAGCACCUGUGGCCAGCUGGCCAGCUACCCACUGGCCCUGGUCAGGACCCGGAUGCAGGCCCAAGCCUCCAUGGAGGGCGCUCCCGAGGUGACCAUGAGCAGCCUCUUCAAACAGAUUCUGCGGACCGAGGGGGCCUUUGGCCUGUACCGGGGGCUGGCCCCCAACUUCAUGAAGGUGAUCCCAGCCGUGAGCAUCAGCUAUGUGGUGUAUGAGAACCUGAAGAUCACCCUGGGCGUGCAGUCGCGGUGACAGGCGUGGGGCCAGCUGCCUGCACAGACUCGCUGAUCCCGGGCUCCCAGCCCUGGGAUGUGUAGCCAUCUCAUUCUGUGAAUGUACCAACACUACGCUGACUGAAGCCAAGCUGUGAAAACCCUGGGGUGCGCCCGCAAGUUGGGGGGGACAGAGCUGGCAGGCCCACCGGGUGCGUCCCGCUGACCCCGGCCCACCCGCGUGUCCAUUCCAGGGAGGACCUGUGAGUGUUCCUCAGGGCCCAGGGCUCAGCAGGACAUGGGCCCGAGCGCGUGGGGGCUGAACGCUGCCCAGGGUUGCCUGCAGAAGAGCAGGGCUGGGAGGCCGGCUUCAUCCUCCCAUCGCAUCCUCGCAGCCGGGCCAUUGGCGCGGGCCGUCUUCUGGCCUGCUGAGCGUCUUCCCCAGGGGGCCCACUUCGCUUCCUUCCUCGCUGCUGUUGUCAAUGGUAGGAAGAGGGGCCCCUGCCCUCUCCCCACGCUGCUCCUCUCCCCUCAGUCCAUGGGGAAGGGUAGUUGUACCUGAAACCUGAGCCCAGCUUCCCAACCAGCCGCCCUGCCGCUGGCUGGCUGGUGCAGGGAAGAGGGCUUCCAAGCUGCCCAGCAGGCGGGCACCUGGAUGCACGUGUGCAUGACGGGGGGCCAGGCUGCCUGGCGUCCUGGCGCAUGGCUUCACAGGUCCUGGAACCCAGAGGGCCUCUGCUCCCUGCCGCUGAGGGGGGCUCAGAGGCUCUGAGCUGGGCCCGGACUCUGUCAGGACUGGCACCAGCUCAGAACCAAGUCCCUCUGCCCCGCUGGCAUGAGGGCAGUAGGCAUCGUGUCAGAGCAGGAAGGGCCAUGUCUGCCCUGCGUCUGCAUGCUCUGGCAAAAGAAGGAAGAGGUGUUCAAGGCCUUAAUGAUUACGUAUCGUUGGAAGAAGGGUUUUGUUCAGAAAGAGAAGCUGAACAAACAUGCAGGUUCUGGUCUUACAGAAGGAAGACAGAGAGCCAAUGGCUUGGCUGACUGCAUUUAAGUCUGUUUCUGACGCCCCUGGGGACUUGCAUCUGAUCCCCACGGGGGCCAAGUGGGACCACUUCACAUUCCGCUGAUGCAAUGUGUCACACUGCUUGGAGCCUAUUUAUUUUGUAUUUAUUUGAACAGAGUUAUGUCCUAACUAUUUUUAUAGAUUCGUUUAAUUAAUAGCCUGUCAUUUUCAAGUUCAUUUUUUAUUCAUAUUUAUGUUCCUGGUGGAUUGUACCUUCCCGGCCCCCGUGAGGUGAGGUGGGGAGAGGAAGCAGGGGGCCGUGGGCGUGGCCCUCGUGCCUAUCCAAAGAAAGGCAAAGAAGGCAGAAGGGCCCUGACCACAGAGAGACAGGCCCUUGGCAGGUUAGGGGGCGAGGGGGCCAGCACCCAGGAAGCCUUAGGAGCUGAAGGUUUGAUCGGGGCGGGAAGAGGGAGGGAAACUCCCACUCCGUUGAAGAUGGAAGUCCAAAUCAUUUCUUGGACUGGGGAGGGAUUUCUUUAUUUUCCCCCCUUUUUGAAGGAUAGGGCAGUGAGGUACCUAUCACUGUGAGUUUGGGGGUGAGGGCCGGAGGAGAAGGCCACUAGCUCCCCCCGCCAUCCCCUGUGAAGCGGGCUCCCUCUGUCCCGGCCACCACCCCCACAAUCCACUCCCCCCCUGCUCAAUGAUGCUGGUCUCCGUGCACGUGCACGGCCACACUCACCGGAAUGGCCCGAUGAGGACAAUUCAAAUAUGAUGCAAAGAUCGAUGCAAAAAUUACUGUUAUAUAUAAAUAGAGUUGUAACUGGAAUUGGUGACAAAGCAAAUUAAGAAAGAAUUGGGAGUUGUCAUCUAAAACAGCCUUCUAAUAAAGUUGUUUAA